AUGUGGAAAGCUGUACCCGUGUCCGCAUACAUACCAAUCUUCGAUGCAUCUAUCCUUCGUAAGAGUGGAGUGUUCGCGAAUAGAAUCACGGACAACACGGUCACUGCCGACGUACUUCUUCAACUCAUCCUCUGCUUCGGUAUACAACGCUUCAAGAUACAUGGUAUCAUGGUGUUCCAAAACAGCAUCAUUUCUACUGCUACCACGGGACUCCUGCCACUUCUGCAUGAUUUUGGCAUA